CCAAGGCCAUGGCGGGGCGCCCGAAGGAGAGGGUGGUCACAGAUGAGGUCCUUCAGAACCAGAUCUUGCGGGAGCUGUACCUCAAAGAGUUGCGAACCCAGAAACUCUUCACGCAGUACCAUGUGAAUCCGCUGCGCAAGUUUCACGGGUUUACGAGGAAGCCCAUGUCUUGGCAUGAUAACCUGGAAGAACCUGCAGAUGCCAGGUUUCUGAAUCUCAUUCACCACGCUGCCCAGGGGCCAAGGAAGAAGUACCCAGAGGCGCAGACUGAAAACCAGGAAAUUGGGUGGGACUCAGAGCCCUUGAUCGACCCAGAACGCAGUGACCACAGGCUGAACCACUUCAGGGUCUACAAUGACAUCACUCUGUACAAAGCUAAAAUGUGGAGCUUGGGAGAAGAUGAUCGCCAUAAGUAGCAACUCAGUGGUGUUGUCAGUCCCUGGAUUUAAUGUCCUAAGUAUCCACUGCCUAGAAAAGUAAAUAUUAUUUUAACCCCCCCACCCCCUCUUCCAUAAUCCAUGGAUAAUGGCAAAAAUUAGGAAGCAUGAAAAAUAUGCAGAAGAAAAAUAAAAACUGACAUUAUCUCACCAUAUGGAAGUGACUAAUGUUAGCAUUUUAAACAAUUUGUUUUUAAAAUUGACAAUAAAUUGCAUAUGUUUAUUGUG